AUGCCUUUUCAGUUUGGGACCCAGCCAAGGAGGUUUCCAAUGGAAGGGGGAGAUCCUUCACUUGGGCUGGAGCCUGGGCUGAGCUCCAGUGCUUCCUGUAACGGGAAAGAGAUGUUACUAACCAGGCAACUCCGAAGAUGCCCUGGAAAUCAUUGCCUGACAAUAACUGGUGUUCCCAUCACUGUCUUUGCAACAGUGCGAAAGCCACCUGCACAAAGCAGCAAGGAAAUGCAUCCUAAAUACCAUCAUUAA